AUGGCCCUCCAGCUCUGUAUCUUGCUAGUCAGCUUGACUCUGCUGCAAUGCGGCUCCGCUCAGUUCUGCUCCUUCUGGAAUAAUGGCUGCAUCGACCCGCUCGCCCAGGCUGCCGUGGCGUUCAACUUCCCGCCUCUAUUCCUCGACCCCAUCACCCUUUUCUACUCCUUCGACUCGAGUUCCUCUGGUAAAGGCGAAGGUCCCAUGACCAAGACCGCCUUCUGGCUCGGAUAUCAGGGUCAGAACAUUAACCCCCAAGUCAUCGAUACGAAUCGCACCUCCGAGAUCGCCCUACGAGUCGGCAAUUUGACCGGUACACCGCAGGGGCCUAAUAAUGGAUGUGAUGGAAUCUGGGGUGGUCAUUGUUCUCAAGAUAUCAAGAGCUCUCUACAAACGACCAUGUUUCAACUCGCCACUUCGGGCGAUUAUUAUCACCAACCUUUGGCCACAGCUUUGGACCAAUUCAUGAUGACACCACCGGAUCUACCGUCUUGCGGUGCGCCUGUAUUCGAUGUUGCCGCCAUUCCCGUGCAGGAUUUUGUUUACGAACAAUGGCCUUCGCAAGAAGUCACUAUCAUGAAGCCAGGCUCAAGCUAUCACCCUUGGCAGGUAUGGUACCUGGAUCGCAUGACCGACUCUCAACAAGCCUCGCAGGUCGCGGUGGGAAUUGUCAGUCGUUCGCCCAGCUUUGAUAGCCAGCCACCUCUCAGCCCAGACGAUAUUCAAAUCGAACUUGUUUGCCUUCAGGCACCUCAGGGCCCGCCAACAGGAUCCGGAUCUCCCAACGAUCACGAUUGA